AUGUCGGACCCGUUCGCUUCACAACUGAGCCAGUUCAAGAAGACUGUGCGCAACUCAUCCACCACCCUUCCCUCACAGCGUCGCAUAGUUGAUAAAUCCUAUCUAAAGCGCUCGAACGAUCCCGACAACGAUAAUGAAAUAAAAAGACCGAGAACAAGCGACUAUGAUUCUGCUCCUGCAAGCUCUCUUUCCAUACGUUUAAUGACCGCAUCCGACUUCAUCAAAACCAGUGACCAUCCAGUGAAAAUAGAUGAGCUUCAGCAGCAUAUCAAAUGUAAGGUGGAUCCUAAAUUAUUAAAGGUGCUCACGAACGUUGACAGAAUCAAGUAUGAUCCUGUGAACCAAACACUUGAGUACCUUUCGUUGCAUAACAUCAAAACUGGGGAUGAUCUGAUCAAGGUUCUUGAAAAUCAACCCACUUUUUCUGGCCUUUCGGUGAAGCAGCUGAAGGACGGAUGGAAUGGAUGUCUCGAGACUUUGGCACAGCUGGAGAAAGAAGAGAAGAUAAUUGUGCACAAGACUAAGAAAGAAAAUGCACCACGUCACAUUUGGUUGAAUGUUGGGUUCUAUAAACUUGAAAAUGUGGUGGAGCCAGAAUUCUAUGAUAUGUGGGCAAAAAUCAAGGUUCCCAAGGGUGAUGAUCUAGUAAGAAAAUUGAUUGAAACUGGAUCAAAGCCUACCAAUGUUGACCCAGAUUCCAUAAAGAAUAGGAAAGCUGCUCCAGUGCAAGAAAGGAAGCAAAAGAAGGCGAGAAGAGGAAAGAUCACGAACACACAUAUGAAAGGAAUUCUCAAGGACUACAGUAAAAUGUCAUGA